AUGAGCGACAACGACGACGAGUGGAACGGCUUUUCUGACGACAACGGCGAAGACGACGGUCCGCCAGAGCCCGGCCGCCCCAGCCAAAUUGAUGGACAGCCGUGGGAUGUUCCGGACAGUGCUCUUCUCCAGGGAGAUGUGAUCCCCAACCCGAAGGACAGCGAUUUCGCCACGGACUUCGCCAAGAUCGAGGAGCUCCAGGGAGCCAUCAACGCGUGGGCCAGAUCCCGAGGAUUUGCCGUGGUCCGCCGCCACGGUCGCAACAAGCAAGACGGUCUAUAUACACGCUUCGAUAUCCUGUGCGAUCGCUUCGGUAGUCCGCGCGCACCUCGUGGCGCCGGCGUUCGUGAGACGGCGACUCGGAAGUGCGACUGCAAGUGGAAGGCCGCCGCCUCUCGAACAAAGGAUGGCUGGCGAUUCCAUAGCCACCCUGACCCUCAGCACUCCGUCCACAACCACGGUCCAUCUCUUCAUCCAUCAGCUCAUACCCAACACCGCAUGUCAAACUCGGAGUCGCUCGAUACGAUCGCAGAGCUCAGCAACCAUGCCUCCAUCCGCGCCAGGGAGAUUCGAUCUGUUGUCAACCAGGAGCACGAUACCAUCUACACAAGGAAGGACAUCUAUAACGUUAGGGCUAAGAUGCGGAAGGUGAACCUCGAUGGGUAUACUGCGGCCGGCGCUCUCAUCAAGGCGCUUGAUAACGUCGACGGUGAUACGGCCAACCACUACGAGGUUGAGUGGGCUGACGCCGCAGAGACCAUCUUCUGUUCGUUGGUCUGGGGCUUCGAGAGCUGCCUCGAGGCUACGUCAAUCUACCACGACUGUAUGUUGAUCGACCUGACGUACAAUACGAACUACAUGGGGAUGCCACUGUACCAGGUCAAUUGCUUGACAUCUGUUGGCAAGACGUUGAGUACCAUGUUUGGCCUUGUAUCCGACGAGACCACACAGACCUUCAGAUGGCUCAUGAAGGCGACCAAGAAGCUCAGAGACAAGUUCAACAUACCGGAACCAGCAGUGAUAGUCACCGAUCAUUGCAAAGAGCUGAAGCAGGCCAUUUCAGAGGUCUUCCCUGACAGCCAACAACAGACCUGUAUCUUCCACGUUAUCAAGAACGUCAUGCUGAACACCAAAAGGAAGUUCAAGUAUCCUGGCCGUGACGAGGUCGACUCCGAGGACGAGGAGUAUCGCGCUGAUUUCGAGGAUUACGACGGCGUCUCCCCACAAGAGAGGGCAGCCAUGGAGAAGGACCACGCGGAGCGACUGCUCUCUCGCAACACCUCCACCAGCAAAGUCACUAAGCCAAUUAGUCACGAUCCCCGUGGUGUUGAGGAGAUGUUUAAGGCCAUGCAAUGGAUGAGUUGCCGCGACCAAUGGGCCCAUUGCUAUACUCGGCACUACCGGAACUUUGGAGUUCGAACGACCUCACCAACAGAGUCGAACAACAUGAGUAUCAAGAGCUAUCUAAUCAAUGGGAGGAGUAGCGCCUACUCUCUUGUAAGCGUAAGUCAAGAUCUCUGCAAGAAGCAAGUCCAGCAGAACGUUGAGGAGAUGGCAAAGCAGGCCAUCAGAGCGCGCCACGACUUCCUUAGUCGACCAUGGCUUGGGGCUUUGCCUUUGAGAGUCUCGUACAAAGCCCUCGAUUUGAUCGUCGGCGAGUACCGCAGAGCCAAAGCCGCGAUGCCCUCAACCAGACCAUCACAGUCAAUUCGCAGACCUCUCGAGCCUUGCCACCCGGAUACCUGCACGGCAACAAUCCAAUUGAGCGCGACAAAUACCUCGAAAUCCAAGAGCCCAAGAUCGUCGAGAACCGCAAAGGUAGACCCAAGAACUCGGCAAGGCCACUGCCAGAUGGUCUGGGAAUACCCUCAUCGCCGAAGACCCCAAGAAGCCAAAGAAGAGACGGGGACACAAGGGAGCCAAGGAAGCCAAGGACGAAGAACACCAGGAAGCACACCAGGCCCGCCACGAGGCAACGCUCCACGUCUGCAACCGAGUAUUCGCCGCGUUUUAUCUGCGCACGAGACCGUUGAGGAGCCUCGGCCGCCCCAGGCCGCUCCCAAGAGACGCGGCAGACCUCCAGGCAGCAAGAACAAGAAGAAGGACCAGGCGCCGGCGCCGGCGGAGAGUCAACUUUCAGCCGCUGAGCGAGCAGAGCCCAGAACAACGUUGGUGAUAGCUUCAGCUCCACGGAGAGGUCUUAGGGCAGCUCCGGCUGCAGAGACUACUGCCAGCGAGAAGCGCAAGGCGCAGGCGGGGGGGGACUCGGCGCCGGCACCCAAACGUACGAGGGCGACGGCCUCAACACCACGAGCUCAGUCAGACCAGGGCACAGGCAACGUGGCGAUACCCUCACUUCCAGCGCCAGCAGGUGCGCCAGGUGCGAGGGUCACCAGAUCUGGCCGCGCGGUCCGAUUGACGGCAAAGGCGGCCAAGGCUGCGAGUGGUGGCAGGUAG